AGCAGAGAUGACGACUCUGCGAUUCUGAGUCCCUAGCGAGCCCGGGCUAGCGAAAAGUGGGGACAGAACGAACUACAACUCCCAUCGUGCCGGGGGGCGGUCUCGCCCGUUUUCCCCUGGGAGUUGUAGUCUAACCCCCCCCCCCCCCCCCCCCCGCCUUGGAUCCAACAGCAACCUCAGUGCGUGAACUCUGUUACCCAGAAGGCCUCGCCCGGCCGCCACCGAAGCUGGAAUUCGGUCGGCUAGUAGUUCUCGCCGGCUACUAGAGGAACCUGUUGGCGUGGCCCAGAAGGCUCAGCGAGAUUGCAGAGCCCUCAGAUUCAUCGCUACCCCGGGGCUAAGCGCCAUGCCUCAUAUUGACAACGAUGUGAAACUAGACUUCAAGGAUGUCCUUUUGAGGCCCAAACGCAGUACCCUUAAGUCUCGAAGUGAGGUGGAUCUCACAAGAUCCUUUUCAUUUCGGAACUCAAAGCUGACAUACACUGGGGUUCCCAUCAUUGCUGCCAAUAUGGAUACUGUGGGCACCUUUGAGAUGGCCAAGGUUCUCUGUAAGUCCUAGGUUCCUGGGAGUUUCUGGGAUGUGCCCCAAAUGGGAUGUGUUUUUCUUAUAUACAAGUUGUUCACUUUGAAAUGGAAGAUGCUGCUCCUAUCAGUACUGUUACCUGCCUCUAUACUUGUUGCUGAGAAGUUCUCUCUCUUCACUGCUGUCCAUAAGCAUUACAGCCUUGAUCAGUGGCAAGAGUUUGCUGGCCAGAAUCCUGACUGUCUUGAGCAUCUGGCUGCCAGCUCAGGCACAGGCUCUUCUGACUUUGAGCAGCUGGAACAGAUCCUGGAAGCUAUUCCCCAGGUGAAGUAUAUAUGCCUGGAUGUGGCAAAUGGCUACUCUGAACACUUUGUUGAAUUUGUAAAAGAUGUACGGAAGCGCUUCCCCCAGCACACCAUCAUGGCAGGGAAUGUGGUAACAGGAGAGAUGGUAGAAGAGCUAAUCCUUUCUGGGGCUGACAUCAUCAAAGUGGGAAUUGGGCCAGGUAAGCUGGUUCAUUGGGGCCACUGGCUACCCCUUCAGUGGCAAACACCUGUGGAGCACGUCAUUCUCAACCUUGUCAUGUUCUUCCUAGGCUCUGUGUGUACUACUCGGAAGAAAACUGGAGUGGGGUAUCCACAGCUCAGUGCAGUAAUGGAGUGUGCAGAUGCUGCUCAUGGCCUCAAAGGCCACAUCAUUUCAGAUGGAGGUUGCAGCUGUCCUGGGGAUGUGGCCAAGGCUUUUGGGGCAGGAGCUGACUUCGUGAUGCUGGGUGGCAUGCUGGCUGGACAUAGUGAGUCAGGUGGUGAGCUCAUCGAGAGGGAUGGCAAGAAGUACAAGCUCUUCUAUGGAAUGAGUUCUGAAAUGGCCAUGAAGAAGUAUGCUGGGGGCGUGGCUGAGUACAGAGCCUCCGAGGGAAAGACAGUAGAAGUUCCUUUUAAAGGAGAUGUGGAACAUACCAUCCGAGACAUCCUAGGAGGGAUCCGCUCUACGUGUACCUACGUGGGAGCAGCUAAGCUUAAAGAGUUGAGCAGAAGAACUACCUUCAUCCGAGUCACCCAGCAGGUGAAUCCAAUCUUCAGUGAGGCGCGCUAGACCUGGGCAGUUCUACCCUCCCAAGGCACCAGUACUCUACCAUGGGGCAUCCCAAGUGGGCUCCUCACCCAUCCCAGCUACUGCAGCUCUGUAUUACUUUGUCAUUUCCUGUUGUCUCACUCCUGAGGGCUCCUGCAGUAACUCUGUACUUCUCUAUCUGCACACACAAAAUGCCCAAGACACUCACUGGGGAGGAAGCAAGGAAGAAAAUAGUCUGAGAAAAUGACGCAAGAUAAUCAAAUGGGAAUCUGGCGACCCAACAUCCUGAAGAUUAUUAAAAGGAAAAGAUGCUGAUUGGUACAUAAGUCUCUUACAUGGCCUUGGUCUAGAGAAGGCAGGCUUUUAGAAUCAUGUUUUGUUAAUCUGCUUCACUAAUCUAAAAAGCUCUGAAGUGUUUGUAUAUUUGAAAUACCUCAAUAAAGAGAGAGCUCAUUGACUGUAAA